ACUCCGCGCCUGCGCACAUCAAUGUCCGGUGAACGAGGUUAAAAGCUGAAAUGUUUUGUUUUUUGAGUCUUCCCCAACUUUAGCAAGUUUGUUAGAAGAACUCUCUGUACGUAUGUAACUGCACACUUGGUUUUAACACUACACAUGGAUGCCUUGCACAGACAUCGUUCACUCUAUAAAGGAACGACUCCGCCAUGGAAAGAAACUUACCGCAAACGCUGUGUAGACAGGCUAAAAAACAGUCGGUCGCGGUUGCUGGAGAGAUAUCGGCAGAUGGGAGAGAACCAGCAGCCCAGCGGCUCCGGGGCCUCCAUCAUCGUCCAGGAGGUCAUGGAGGAGGAGUGGACAGCCCUGCAGUCAGAGGACCGCAGACUGCCUUCGCUUUGGGGGCCAGAGGGCAUGAAAGAGAUGUUCAGUGUCAUGAAGGAGUAUGAUGAACUGGCAGUACUCGAAGAAAUCCAACAGGAGCUGCAGUCUCAAGAAAUGUGUAUUAUUGAAGAGUACGAGAAGAACCUGCAGUUUGAGCAGCAGUACAUAUCGUCUGUUGUGGAAGGGAUGGAGGAGAUGCAUAUUAUUUGCCCCAUAUGUCACACGAGAAACUUGAACAUCAACAGCCAUUUCAUCUCCUGCCCCUGUGGACUGUACAUUAACACUAAGAAACGGAACAUCACACCCGACGUCCUGCAGAAUCUCCUUGAGUCCAGGGUGUCGGAGCACAUGGAGAACUGCCUCCACAAUCCCGUCUUCUCUGUAGCAUCCAAUACAGACAGCCUUCCCAACCUGAUGAUAAGCUGUAAGGUGUGUGACUACCUGUCCAUUGUGCUGUGAAAGCAGUCGUGCUUGUCAUGAGUUAGUGAACUUGUGAGAUUUAGUUUGAGUUUUUUGUACUCUCUGUGUAUUUUCUGAUAAUAAAGGUUAUUUUUUUAUAUCCA